CCACGAUGCCCUGUCUUAGGCCACCUCGGGUUCUCCAGGUCGUCGCCCUAGUUUAUGCAGUGCUGAGCGAGUGGUCGGUGGUGGCCAGGACCCAGGACUGGCCGCGGUUCCUCCACCCGCUACAGAACAUCACCGUACCGGUGGGACGCGAGGCCACCUUCACCUGCCACAUCGCCAACCUCGGACCGCACAAGGUGGCCUGGAUCAAAUCCGAGAACCAGGGCAUCCUGUCGAUCAACGAGCGGGUCAUCUCGGACACGGAACGCCUGUCGGUGGUGCGCAAUGACGUCAACACGUGGACGAUGACGCUGCGAGGUGUGCGCCGCGACGACAGCGGCAGCUACAUGUGCCAGGUCAACACGGUGCCAGUCAGGGUGCAGGUGGGCGUUCUGGAGGUGGUGGUGCCUCCCGACAUCAUCUCCUCGGACACAAGCGGCGACGUGGACGUACCCGAAGGUGGCUCGGCGCGGCUCGAGUGUCGCGUAAGAGGUCAUCCGCAGCCCACAGUCAGCUGGAUCAGAGAGGACGGCGGCGACAUCGUGCUCCGACAUGGCAGACAGAUCAGAGGGCACACGUUCAGCGGCCAGGUCCUGCACCUGGCCAACAUAGCCAGGACGGACAUGGGAGUUUAUCUAUGCAUCGCCAGCAACGGCAUACCUCCGGUCGUCAGCAAGCGAAUCAUGGUGUCUGUUCAUUUCGCGCCGUCAGUGUCGGCGGUGAACGGGCUCAUCAGCACCCCGCUGGACUCAGAGGUCACCCUGACCUGUCACGUGGAGGCCUCCCCAAAGCCCGUCUACUACUGGGCGACGCCCAACCCCGGUGAUAUGCUGCCCUCAGGACCUCGGCAUCACCUAGUAUAUCGGCAACUCUCCAGCUAUCGCCACCAGAUGUCUCUAACUAUCAGUGGCGUCACGGCCGCCGACUUUCGACCGUACCUCUGCGUGGCCAAAAAUCCCGUCGGAGAGGCGGUGGACAGGAUCGAUCUACACGAAAUAGUGCUGCCGGUGCACGCAUCCGGUGACCGCCGCCGUAAGCAGCAACAACAGCAGACCCAUCACCAGCAGCAGGAGCGGCGCUACGAGCAGCACCGGCAGCAGCAGCAGCAGCAGCGGCAGCAGUCGCUGGACAGCCAGCAGCAGGAUCCGUGGUCGGCCGACCCCGCCCCAGACGGCGGAGACGGACCGUCGCGGCGCAGGGGCGCCCGCCUGCCGCCCGGCCCGCCGCCGGAGCUGGACCGAGGCCGGGCGACCGCGUGCCGGCCUGAGCUCGCGACACUUCCACCUCUACUGAUGGUGUCUUUAGGCGUCAGGAGGGUCCUCUAGGCCCCUGUUCCCAGGAUGGGUGGCACUGAUGGCGGGGCAGUCUCAGAAGGUAUGAUCGGUGGCCCGUGUUACCUGGGAGAAUUCUAUGUUCCUCCUGGUAGGGGUUGAUACACGCGGCGGGUCAGAGAGUAUCCUGGGAGGGAGUAACUUCCAGUGUGCUACGAUCAUCCUCAGAGGAAUUAUUGAGUUUACCGUCACAAGAGUUAUAGGGUCUUCCUCCCAGCCUCCCAGACGACUGGUUGGAGACACACGCAGACAUGGUGACUGAUGGCUGAAGGAGACUGUAAAUCCCCGGGGAGGGUAUGAUUGUUGAUCAGGGGAACGAUGGAUCUCAUGCAUUCCGGUACGGCUCGUCGGAACGUUCCAAGGGAUUUAUCGUAUGGUGGAUGCACCACCCAAGACGAGCCCGCGCUAUGCCCGCGUCCGCUUUCGGUAAGAUGUAGUCGCUAAAUUUUGUAAUUUUGAGAACCUUAGAAGAUAAAAUCGUUCCGAGGGCUACGAGCAGAGGUUGACAUUCCAAGCAGCCUGCGUACUUCUUCCAAUUCCAAAACCGGAUGCAUCCAAGUCAUCAAUUUAUUUUGUCAUGGCGUCAAAUGCUCCAUGCAUGAAAAAUGGUUGGCUCCCGUAUCUGACGUCCCUGUUGCCAGGGGCGUUAUACAAAGUUAUUUAAUUGAUAAGCAAUACCCGGGCUCGGCAACACUGGAACGCCUACAAACAUUUAGCUCCGUUGGUAACUUGGCAAUGGCACUGUCAGACAACCGCGCAUUUAUUAGGUGUUGUUUUUAUCCGCUGGGACU